UAUUAAAAAAUGAGAAUAGUGAUCAUUGCAUUAGUAUUUUGUUUAGCUACAUGUGGUAAAUUGAGAAGUUAAAGUCCAUAGAAGUUAUAAGCAGAGUUGCAAAAGUCAAAUUAUGGAAGAGCUUUGUUACAUUUAGUUGAAUUACAUUCAAUGGCUGGAGGAUCUGUAUCAGAAUUAGUAGAUGCAAUAGAAGAGCUCGUAAAUGAUUUAGAAGAUGGAUUAGAAUUCUUAGAAUUCAAUUUCUAACGUAGAACAAAUGAACACAAUGCCUUACUUGUUCAAUUAAAUUAACAAAUUCAAUAAGCUUAAAUUGAUGUAAGUAGAUCAGAAGAUGUUAUUGAUAAUCUUUUAUUACCAAGAAAAGAAUAAUUGGAAGUGAGAAUAGAGAAUUUAGAAGAGUAUCAAGAAUAAAAUAGAUAAAAGGUUGAUGAGGAGAAUUUAACAAGAGAAUAAGAACAUGAAGCAUAUGAAGCUUAAGUUGCUGAAUUAAAUGAUGCAACUGCAGCUGUUGAUGAUGCAUUAGCUUUAUUAUCAACACUAAAUAACCCAUCAUUAGCUUAAGUUAAGAAGUUUUAAAAUUCACUUAAAAAAAUUGAAUAAAGUAUAAAACCAAGAAGUAAGAUGGCUCCAUUUUUAAAGGCUUUAAUUACAUUGGCAUCAAAUUAAAAUUUCUCAGAUUAAGGAGUUUUAAAAUAAAUUGUAGAUGUCUUAAAUGAAUUCAGAAAUGCUAUUGUUGAUUCAAUUAAUGAUUUUUCAUUAUAAGAAGUUUAAGAUUAAGAGAAUUUUGAAGCAAGAAUAGUCUAAUUAGAUGCUGAAUUUGCUGAAUUUCAGAGAUAAAUAAAUGCUGUUAAUGUUGAUUUGACAGCUACUUUAGGUAAGAAUAAAGUAUAUCUAAAUUUUAGAAAAGAUAGAUUAAGUUACUCAAUUUAGAGAUCAAAGAAGAUUAGAUUAAGCCUCUUAUGAAUAAUAACUCUAAUUAGAGAAUGAUUUAUAUGCUGAUGAAGUUUAAAUUUACAAUGAUACUAAAAAUGAAUUUUAACGAGAAUAAGCUAUUAGUGAAUAGGCUUUAUCAUUGGUCAAAUCUGUAGAUUUUAGCAAUAUACAAGUAUGAAACAUUAAUAUAUAU